AUGGAAGCUACACAAUCCCUCAACAUCACGGAAGCGUCAAUAAGUCAGUUGCAGAAUGCGCUGAGUAACUCUCAAAUCACGAGCGUAGACCUCGUCGCGCGCUUCCUCCAUCGGAUCGGCAAAUACGAUUACCGCGGGCCCUCGUUCAACUCCAUCUGCAUCAUCAACCCCAAAGUCUUAGAUGAGGCACAGGCCUCGGAUGUCUACCGCGCAUCAGGCCGCCCCCCACGAUCUUUAGAAGGAAUCCCGUUUACCGUCAAAGACAGCUACAAGGUUGAGGGGCUCAUGGUUGUAGCUGCAUCCCCAGCCUUCAAAAGCCUCGUAUCAUCUUCGGAUGCCGCCGUCGUCGAGCUCCUACGCGCUGCGGGUGCGGUACUGAUUGGGAAGACUACAAUGCCUCCCAUGGCCGACGGAGGUAGUCAGCGAUGUCUCUACGGUCGCUCGACCAGUCCUUACAAUCCCGAGUACUUGUGCACAAGCUUCGCGUCAGGCUCUUCAUACGGCUCUGCAGUAUCAACGACAUCCUCAUUCGACCCUAUCGGCCUCGGUGGCGAAACAGUCUCAUCUGGUCGAGCGCCAGCCUCGCACAACGCGCUGGUGGGAUACUCGCCGUCGAGAGGCGCCAUUCCUUCCGGCGGUCAUUGGCCGUUAUACCCGACGUGUGACGUUGUCGCACCCCAUACCAAGUCUGUCGCUGAUAUGUUGGCGCUUCUGAACGCCAUUGUUGCCGACGAUGCGCACCCGAGAGGUGACUUCUGGCGUGAACAAACGGUUGUGCCUAUCCUGCUUAGCUCUGAGAUCCGACCACGGGACUUUCUAUCCCUCAUGGAUCCGGAGGCGUUGAGAGGAAAGCACAUUGCUGCCCCCAAGUGUUACAUCGGGAAGCAAACUUCUUCCGGGUACUCUGCGGUCUGCUCAGAAGCCACUCGGCAGUUAUGGGAACAAGCUCGAGUUGACCUUGAGACGCUAGGUGCCAGAAUUACUGAAACCGAUUUCCCUCUGGUCGAGAACUAUUCUACACAGCUAUUUCCUGGUCAAGCUGCCAAUGUGCCAGGCAUCCCGAGUACCUGGAUUGAUAGCGAGCGGUGUCAGAUGAUUGCCACGGCAUGGGACGACUUUCUGCGCAACAAUGACGAUCCCGGGUGCCCUUCCCUGGAUAUGAUUAUUACACUGGGUCGAAUCGAUCUCAAGUAGGGAAGGCUUCGGUGAUUAAUCGUAGUCUUGUCAAAGAGGUUCUCAGGGAAGAUAGCUGAAAGCGAUCAUAAGAUCUA